GAGUCGCCGUUGCCUUUGCUCUUGUUUUAACUCUGAAUAGUCGAUGGAUCUCAAGUUGUCGACCCACAUUGGCUUGUUUGUGACAUAUCCUUGAUUUAAUUCAAUCAAUUUUUUCUAUCUUUUCGAUAGCCGACAGAACUCACGAGAUUCUCCCAAAUUACCACUUUGAGACUUAUCACAUGGGGACGCCGUCAAAGCCCAUCCAGGUAUUUAAACGUUAUCAGUGGAUCCAUUACAUCGGAAAUGAGUGAUAACCUCCACCUUCUAUAUCCCUGAGCUUUACCUAUCAACCAGCCCUAUAAUACUAUUGUCGUCGACACAUCGCCUUCUUAUAUCCAUCAACCAGAUGGCACCGUCUAUAGUACAUUUGCCAGACGGCCAGAGCUUCACAGUUCAGCCUGUCUUCUCUGGCCUAUUUUUCAAAUCCAACGAAUUGAAUAACCACGCACCAUUUCCCGCUGGUUGGACCGUUGUCUUACAUAGCGAAGAUAAUCCCGAAGACCAACUACACAAUCUCACUUUCCAAGAUGAGGACAAUGAACCACGUUCUAGACGAAGUCAUAUUCAUAGGUAUAGCCAGCCGACUUUGCAGAAUGACACCAUCUUCAUCUCGUCUAUCUCAAGCCCCUCGAGCAGUGAAUUCAAACCCCACGCCAGUCAGUCGCGGCAAAUAGCUAUGAUGAUGUGGGUAUCGCUUUACUGGUAUUUCCAGCAGCCUGAACCAUCGCCAUAUAUCUUGACUGAACAGUCAAAAUAUGCUCCACCAGAGGCAAGACCCAGAGGCGAGUGGCGCAUCCGAAUUAAAAGAGAGGGUGUCCUGCGCACACGAAACAUGAUCCCAAAGCUGGAGAGGAUGGGCUUGAUAUCAACUCUGGAUUCGGCUGUCGGACAGAGCUCUAGCGAUCACAACCAUGGAUGGGAUCACAUGUUUGUUACUCGACGCAUGUUCUGGCAGAUCCACACCGGCCUGUUUCUCUUUUCCCUGCAGCCGUUGAAGCACAGCUCCUAUCCUGGAACGCCGAACAGCAGCCGCCCUACUUCGCCAGUCAGAAGUGAAACAGGUCAACUAUCGUCCUUAUCCAAUGCCUUAACCCCAGAGCCACCAUCUUCCCCUAUUGGGCCAUAUCAUUCAUCGUCUCAUCUGCCAACCUACUACCCUCCGGCGCCAUUGCAGUAUAUCCUAACCAAUAAUGUUCGGCAUCCGCUGCGACAGAAGCCACCGCACAUGGGCGAGGUCUUCUAUACACGGUUCAUACCGAGUGUGGGAAAGUACCUUUCAUUCCGCGUGGCGUCACUUUCCCCAAAGCCUGUACCAUGUCUUGGGCCCGUCGGACCAAGUGAAAAGGAGAACGCCCACCUAAAUACCUUGUCCGACUGUUCACUCCUCCAGAUGUGGCUGUCAAACCCCAGAGUUGCAUCAUUCUGGGGUGAGUACCAGCCUAACUUUCUCUCCAAUGCUCUACAGUCACGUCAUUCGUUUCCGGCUAUCGGGAUGUGGGAUGGUGUACCUUUCGGAUACUUCGAAAUCUACUGGAUAAAGGAGGAUCAUCUAGGCCGCUACAUGGGCAAUGACGUCCAGGACUUCGACCGGGGAAUACAUGUAUUCAUCGGGGAAGAAUGGGCUAGAGGGAGGGUGCAACAGUGGCUUUCGAGUCUUGUCCAUUGGUGCUUCCAGGCAGAUUACCGCACAAUGAACAUUUGUCUUGAGCCUAGAGUUGAUAACGCAAGAUUUAUCCAGCACCUCCAAUACGGAGGUUUCGCGAAGGAAAGGGAAUUAUCAUUUCCACAUAAGAGAGCAUGGCUAUGCCGACUUCGAAGAGAUGCCUGGGAGGGACCAGCUAUGUGAGGACGGAACGCUGGUUUGUCGUACCGACGAUUUAAUUACUUCUGCAUAUAGUGGCGUGGUCAUACGACCUGUACGCAUUCCAAGCGAGCGGCCGAUGCAUGUGUUUUCGUGAAAGGCGCCUAUGCAUAUGCGCCUAGAGAAAAAGCGAUGAUUUGGACUUGCUUUUUAGACCCGUCUUGAUUUCAGCUCUCGACAAUGCUAACGAAUUGAGAGCUCUCAUUUUUACACAAGACAGCGCUAGGCAGACGGCGAAUGAUCCAACAAGAAGCUGCUUAGGUCAAUUCAGCUAUGAUUAGAAUACACACCAAUAAUGACCAAAGCAAAGAUGCACAUUCAUGUUCUUAACAGCAACUCAAGACUCGCGUCGUCGGUUGACUCCUAGUUUGUUUCUAAGUCUCGUGAAACGUCACUCAUGCACGCUCCCGAUAUUUGCAUACCUGUCCGUGGAUAACGCGGGCUAGGCAGGUCGGGACCGAGGAGCUCGGGGCUAAGACAGUGGCGUAGGCCGCUCUUAAUUAUAUUGACUUCAUCGAUAGGGUUGGGACGCUGCCUUCGUCGUUUCACU